AUGGGAGCAGAAGACCAUGUCAAGAGAGGGCACCCUAUCUACUUUGGCGUCAUCAUCUUCUUCACCUUUGUCGAGCUCGUCCAGACUGGCGUCCUCGUUGGUUCUUACAACAGAAACAAUGAUUACCCGAGCAGCCUGAUCGAAGGCUCCACCCGAUUCUUGCUCUUCACCGCGCUCUGGUCGAUUCUCUUCUCGAUCGCCUACCUCGUCGGAUUCAUCAUCAUGACCGCCUCGCCCAUCUUUGGCGCACUAUCUCACGCAGCUUUCCUGUUCUUGACGUGGCUCUUCUGGCUCGCUGGCUCAGCUGCCCUGACCAAUGGCAUUGGAGGAAGCAUCAGCUGCGGCACUGCCAAUAUCGCUCACUGCCACCAGCUACAAAGCGCAGUCGCGUUUGGCUGGAUCAAUUUCUUGCUCUUCACAGGCGCCUUUGUGCUCUCCAUUUUCCCUCGCAGCUCGGUAUGCGCAACGGCUUCACGGGCUCGCUCGUCUAGAGUGUCAAAGGAGGGCGAGCGGCUCAGAGUGCAGAGUCAGAUCAUUGUCAGUAUCGUAAAAAUACACACGCCAUCUUGCCGACCUCUACUGUAA